AUGGACAUAAACAUUCCAAAACCAGCUGGUAUGAAGGCGGCCACCACCGCUUCCAGCCCAUCCUACGCCGUGCUUCUGUCCGGGACGCACGUCACAGGCAAAGAAACCUUGGCUCCCUCCCUGUCAAAAGCACUGGGCUGCCAAUGGAUCAAGGCGGAAAUGGCCCAUAACGCCGCGACGUUCGGGGCCCGGUCGCAGGCCAGGAGGGGUUUCGACUACGGCAAGGUCUUCGGGCGGAUCUGGUCGUCCAAGCUGCAGCGGCUGGGCUUCCUGGCGGGCGGCGGCGAGCCAGACGGAGAAGUCGAGCACGGGGCCGAGGCGCCUCGGAGCAAUCCUGGGGUGCAGCAGUGCGCAGCGGUCAUCUCCCUAUAUCACAUGCGCAAGCCCGCCCGUGAUGCUAUCCGCGCCGCCAUGCAGGCGCAAGAGGUCAGGCCCGUGUUUGUCAUUUUGCAUAUCACCGAGGAGACCUUGUCGGGGAGGACGCUCGGCGCCGAGGAGCCGCGGCUGGCUGAGCAGAUCAUGGCGCACAAGGUUGCGGAUAUCCAGGUGCCGCUGGAGGAGGAGAGGGAUGUCAUCCUGGUCGACUCGCUGCGGGACGUUGACGCGUUGUUCCCGGAGAUCCUGGAGAGGGUUGCCCAGCAGCUACGGAUGGAUGUGUGA